AUGUCGUCUGUGGUGUCCAACGUGAUGAAGGUGUUGCCGGUGUUCUACUCGGACACGGCGACGAUGGAGAAGGCUCGUGACUUCUGGGAGCUGUUCGAAGCUCACACGGCCCACCUGCCUGAUCAGUCACGGUUGCUGGUGUUUCGCCAGAAGCUCAAAGGGAGGCCUGCGGAACGGUGGUGGAACAAUUCUACCAUUGAGACUUUCGCUACGCUGAAAGUACGGUCCCACAACCAAUUCCUGAGCAGAACGGCUGAUGAGCUGUGGGAACGGCUACAGACUACGAAGCGUGAACGCGUUGAGUCCAUGGAGGAGUGGGGCGAUCGCGUCUCCGACAUCUGCGACUCGCUGGACUAUCCGAACCCGCAGAUGAGGUACCAGUUGUUCCGACGCGGGCUACGCAACAAGCGUAUGCUCGCCACGCUCGACUCGGGACCGGCUCGAGACAUUCCCGAGGCUUGUGAGUGGCUGCUGGCCAAGGAAAUGUCCCGUCCCAUAGAAGAAGACGACGAGUUCCUCGAAGACAAGAAGGUGGCGGGCUCGGCCUCGAGCCUGGCGACGGCGACGGCGGCCGCUUCCGAGACCUCGACGAAGCUGGACAAGCUCGCGGAGACGAUGACCACGUUCAUGACCCAGCAGCAGCAGUGGCAGCAGCAGAUGAUGCGGAACGAGUGGCAGCCGCCGCGCUCGCCAAGGAAGCGCAUGCUGCAUGUGUCGGCCACGACUUCGAGUCCCGGCUCGGGCGGAAACGCUCCACCUGGGAACGGUCGACCGCGAGGGAUUCGUAAGGGUGCUGAUUCACGGACGCAAGAAGGAGCGCCCGUGUGCGGACGGUGUGGCUACGUGGGCCAUUCACCCGAGACUUGUCGACGACAAGUGAUGAUAUGCAACCAGUGUGGAGAACUUGGACACAUCGCCGUGGAAUGCGAGGACGGACCCAGUCGCGGCCGGACCGGUGGUCAGGCUUCCGUGGCCAGAAACGGUGGCCGAGGGCCAGUGAAGUGCGGGUUUUGCAAGGAGGACGGUCACUCGUUCGCUGGGUGCCCCGAAGUGGCGGCGCUCCGAGAUCUGGCCGUGAGUCUGCGAGAAGCUGCGCAGACGUCUCCGCCUCAAUGA